AAACAUUUAAUUGCGCUUCGUGUAAUUGCCGUAACUAUCGUAACAAUUCACGCGGAUGUUUUUUAAGUUUAGAUUAAUUGGUGAGUGAGAGUUCUGUGACGUUUAAGCACUGUAGUGGAACUGCAGUUAUGAGAGGAAACGAUAACUGAUUUGAUUUUGUUUUUCUUUAUUUGGAGAAUGCGACAUUCGUUUUGACUGUUGAUUUGUAAGCCACCAUGGCUUAUUACCGCUGCGGGCCGACUGCAAUCGGGAGCCGCGCCUCUUGGUCGGUGACGUCCCCCAUGGAGCCUAAGGCUUUCGAUCGUCCCCUAAGCGGCAACUACGACAGAAUAUUCAACGCCUUUGAACGCACUAAUGCAUUCGAGUACGUAAGAAGUACGUUCGAGGGAAAGCAGGAGGAGAGACAUGUGGGGCACGGAGACAUAGUGGUUAACAGGAAGAUGUCCAGCAGUUUCGAGAGAGCAGAUUGCGCCCUGGCCGCGCAGACCCCGUGUUCUGACGACGAGGACUUCUAUAGGGAGAAGAUUCUGUACUCGCAGGCGAGGCAGCUGUUUCCCUUGCAGGAAGAUCUGGCAGACUGGAUAAAUAAAACUAUUGGUAUAACGUAUCUGACCGGCGAGAACUUCCUGGACGUGUUAGACAAUGGCGCGGAGCUGUGCCAACUCGCUGUGGUCAUCCAUGAGCGCGCGCGGGAAACGCUCGACCAUGGGCUCAUUGUAGGGCCGGUGCCAGCCAUUCGCGGUCGUUGCUGGCAGCGAGCCGCGCGACGCAGUUUCUUCUCUCGCGACAAUGCCGAGAACUUCAUCACCUUCUGCCGCGAGCUCGGCGUGCACGAGAACCUGCUUUUUGAGAGCGACGACCUUGUUCUCCACAAUCAACCACGUCAGGUGAUCCUCUGCCUGUUAGAAGUAGCGCGGCUCGCUACCAAGUUCAACAUUGAGCCACCAGGGCUCGUGCAGUUGGAAAAAGAAAUAGCUAUGGAGGAACGCGACUCAGGUCUAGACUCCGCCAUGUCCGGUGCCGCAUGGCAGUUCCGAGACAACUCGCCCUCACCGAUCAGAGAGAAAUCGAGAAAAGAUCCAAAAGAAUUAUCUUCCUCGCCAGAUCCAAAUGACACUGAGUUGUCCGUGCCUGACAAUGUGGACGCAGAGAGCACCAAGUCGGGCGACACGGAGAGUAGCACCGACACCGACGUGCCUCUCAAACCCACCAACGAAUUGGAUAAACGAGUUCAACUGGUGACACGGCUUAUGGAGCGGGGCUGCAACUGUGGCUCAGGGAAGUGCUCCAAGCUACUCAAGGUGAAGAAGGUCGGAGAGGGACGCUACAACAUCGCCGGUCGAAAUGUCUUCAUAAGGUUGCUGAAGGGUCGACACAUGAUGGUGCGCGUGGGCGGCGGCUGGGAUACGCUGGAGCACUUUUUGUCGCGCCACGAGCCCUGCCAGGUGCGGCUCGUAACGCAGGGUCGGCGUGACGUACUGCCCGUGUCCCUGCCGUCCCCUGCCAGCAGCAAGGCCUCCCUCACCAAGGAGCCCUCGCUCGCCGGCAACGUCUCCCCCGUAGAUAGCAAGGCCUCGUCCAUCAGUGGCAAGGCCUCCCCCGUUGACGGCAAGUCGCGCCCGCACGUUGCCAGCCGGUCCGGUAGCCGGCCCGGCAGCGCGCACGGCUCUCCGCCGGAGCCGCGCCGCGCCGCCACACCUCCCAAGCCGUCCCCCGCGCGGAACAGGGCGGGCCUGACGCUCCCCCUCAGGGACGCGACGGCCGAGAAGAAGUCUCCCGCGCCGCGCGCUAGGAAGCAGUCCGCCCCCGCGAGCUUCAGCACGCCCGGCACGCCCACCGGCCGGUCGGUCCGGACGCCGCCCGUGGAGCUGCGCAAAUCGCUCACUUCGAAUGCCUUAGUUAACGUUCCUAAGAAAUCGAGAAGUACGAGCCUCGCGAACGCGCAGAGGGAUGAAAGGAAGGCUUUCUGUGGUACCGAUAAAUUGAACCAGGUCAAGAAGAACCGGAGCGCCAGUAUCGCUAGCACCCCGACCGAGUCGACCCCGGCUCGAAAGACCCGUAGUCAGAGCCUCGCUUCGACUCCCGUUAACGAACCUAAGAAAUCCCUAAUGAACGGUUACGCCAAGAAGACGCGCAGCAUGAGCCUAGCGGGGCCGGUAGAUUUCACUAAGCCGCUCAACAAGAGCUCGUCCGUGACGACUAACGGUUCGCUAACGCAGGCCGCGAUAGAGGAGAGCAUCCGGUUGUCUCUCGAAGCUAGCAUAGCGGAUAACACUUCUCCAAAAAAGCCAUUUUUACACAUUAAAGCCAAAUACCGAAGUCCCCCGCCCCGCGAGAUUCCGCCCAGAUAAUUUUACCACGGUUUGAUUCCUCAUUCCAUUAGUUUUAAAGUUUGACAGUAAUUAGGGUUACUGCGAUAGAAGUAUGUAAGUUACAAAUCAACGAACGUCGGCGCGGGCUUUUCGCUGUGAAAUUUUUGAACCCCGUGAUGAAAGUUCAAUUAUUAGACAUUUAGUUCUCACGUAAGAUAGUCAGUAAGCGUUAUUUAGAUCUCCUAAGCAAUCUCAUAUUUAUCACCUAGUAGUGGGUAGACGCAAUAAUCAUUAUUAAAACAUUCAUCAUUACUCCAGCUACCGGGAGACUAGUCAUAAUGAUUUUUAUAUAUAAUUGUAAUCAUUAAUCUUAAAUAAUAAUUAUGUAAUUCAAAUGUCACUUUCCAAUUGCAAUAAUUAUAUGAUUAAUUUAUAUUUUUUUAAGUUCGAGAUUAAGUCUUUUUUUUCAAUAUAAUUUCAUGUAUAGAAGUAAUGUUUGCAUGUUGGUAUUAUUAACGUAUUAUGUAUUUGGAAGGCAUACUACUGAAUUGAUUUUCCAUCGUUUGUUUUGUAAUUCAAGUAAUUACAUAAAAUUAUGCUUAUUGUAUUUGUAGAAGCACUUGUACUGUAUCGCUUUCGUGCUAUUUAUUGUAUUUCAAUUGUAUUAUCAAUGUUUUAUAAAUGUCGUAUUUUGUAACAGAACGUAUUCUCACGCACCUAGAGACCUAAGUGUACAAACUAUACAAUAUUAAAUGUCCACACAUCGUCUAUUUUCGUACAAUGAAAGGAUAUAAAAUAUUUUUGCACUUAGAUAGACAAGCACUAGCUAGAAGACGAUACAAUUGAAAUUUUACCUAAGAAUGUUACUCAAACCAAAUAUUCACGAAGUGUGUACACCAACGGGAACUGUUCACAGUACGAGGCGUUAACAAUCGGUAAAGUUGACUGUAAGCUUAAAACUAGCAAACCUGACAAUGUAAAAAAAGAAUUUGGGUAAAGUGAGACCCGUUGAUGUACAACAACUCGUAACUGCCGAUCUACCAUUAUGCAAUAUUGUGCCAACAGUUUUAACAUUGUAUGUGGUUAAAAUAAACUUUUUGAUAUGCAUUGCC